CUAAGAAGUAAUCACAAACAUGGCGUCUUCUCCGGUCUACCCCAGUUCGCCAACUGGCACGUUAAAAAGGGACGCCUCGAAGAAAGACUCUGGCAAACUUGGUUGGGUUGGAACACUCACUCGAAGGAAAAAAGGCCAAGAAGGUAGGCUUCUGUGAUCAAGAAUUUUCUCUUGAAUUAUUCAAACCUCUACGAUCGACGGAUCUUGACAGUUCAAAUCAGAUGUGAAGUGCCUUGUUCAUUUUCAAUUUGGUUCUUUGUUAUGCUUCUGUGAACCGUCUGGUCUCCCUUGAAAAACUCAAUGAGGAAUCUCCAGCAAUUUUUGCGGGGAUUCUACCUUUAAAAUUCAAUUUUCACUUCAGAAAUACAUUGGCUGUCUGUGAAGAAAACAUUCGAUCGAUUUUUGUAAAUUCCAUUGUGAAUUCCAGCAUUUUAACACACCCUUUCCUGUUUCCACGCAAAGUAUCGAUCGUGUAUUUUUUCGAUAUACUGAGGUAAUUCAGAGAGAAACAUAUUUUCCGAUUUAGCUGUUAAAUUUCGGAUUUAAAUUUCGAUGAAAUAAUUUUCUGCAGGUGUGCUUUCAUGUCAGGGAAUCUCCUCUUUUUAUUGUAACCUCUAAACUUACACUCGUAAAUAAUUUCACAGAUUUAUCAAAAUAUGGUAGUUUCGAUAGCUCUGAGAGAUCUAUCUUUGUAGAGAUUUGUUUUGAGUAGUUAGAGGCUUCAUGCUUUAGUUUUAGAGUGGUGCAAUGACACCCAUAAUUUUUUUUUCUCGUCUACACUUUCGUGGUAGACGAUUCUUUUAAUUUUGAUGUAAUUGUACGUUAACAAAUUUGGUUUAUUCUUACAGUUGAUGAACUUGAGACAGAGGGAAGGCAUGCCAUUGAAUCUCCAACAACACCUAUCACUGUGACUCCAGACACUUUUGAUCUAGGUUUGUGGCUUGUUUAUGUAUUUAUUAGUCAACACAGUCAUCUUAACCCCUAAACUCCCAGUAGUGAUUAACAUGUAAAGUCUCCCUGUAAUAUCCACACAUUAUCUAGCAGACAGGUAUUGAGAAUACUCAAACUUAUCAGGUAGACAUUUUUAAUUUUAAUUUAACACCAAAUAACAAGGAAAGGUGUAGUAGUAGUUUCUGAGGAAAGAAUUAAUAAUCAGAUCUUGUGAGGUGCAGGGCUAACAGUCAGAUGCAAUCACUUUUUCUUUGUGUGUGUUGUGUGAUUCUUGGCAUGGAUAAAUUUUUCAAAGUAUGUUUUUUUUUCUCAAAUUUUGCACUUAGAUGAAAAUGAAGAACGAUCAAUGGUGGAGCCUGCUUCACUUGAAAAUAAAAAGCUCAAGGAAUUGAAAGAGGUAACUAAAAACAAUGAUGAAAUUUUUAUUUGUGAAAUGAUUUUGAUGUUAGGACAGAAGCUGGCUGUCGUGACAAAUAAAUACACAUGACAUGACCAGCAACGAUACUGGAUUAUACUACAGUUAUACACAAACAGUAAAUGAUAUUAUAGGACUGAGUGGAGUCCAAUUCAGUUUGUAAUCAUUUUAGGGAUUAAUGAAGCGUGAGCCAGAUUUGUCAAUUAUAAAUAUGAGUAUAGUUAGAAUUGGGCUGUACAAAGUCCUGUUAUCAAUUAAUUAAUACUAUGAGAAGUAGGCUAGUUAUUGUUUUCAUGAAAAACCACAUUUAUAUCAGCAAAUAGCAUGACAACAGCAGUCCAGUUACACACAGGCGUUACACAUACACUGUCCAAUAUCACUGUCCAAUCACAUGCAUUCGUACAUGCUCCUAUUAGCACAGAAAUUGAGCUGGAAUUUUGUUACUUGGUAAAUCACGUGGGGUGUCAAGUUUGACACCUUUUGGAUUUUGUGCCGGGUUAUAUCAAGAGUAUUUCUUUCUAUUUAUACACCAGAUAAAACCCUCACUGUCUCCUGAUGUUUAAUGUCAUGCUUAAUUCCUGUCUUACUGCAAUUUGUAAGGAGAAUCUAUUACUUUAUCAGAGGUCAAUGAAGUCUUUCUCCCAUGCAAUUCCGUCAUGAGCCCCUUUUUAUGCCCGCUAGGUGCUGCUAGACUGGAUUAAUGACGAACUUUCAGAACAACGAAUUGUCCUCAGAGACAUAACAGAGGACUUGUAUGAUGGUCAAAUUCUUGCGGUUCUUAUGGGUAUGUUAUCAGCAUAGAAUGUACUCAUGUUUGCACCUACAUAUGAAUUUAUUUUCAUGGUGAAGCUUCAGAACUGCAAACUGUCCUCAGGGACAUCACAGAGGACUUGAAUGAUGGUCAAAUACUUGCCGUUCGUAUGGGUCUGUCACUAGCUUAGAAUGUACUCUUGUUUGCAACUAUAUACAAAUUUAUUUUUGUGGUGUGCAUUGUAGCUUUGCUUUAUGCUGUAUACUUGUCUAAAUCUCACUGUGGUGCAAUUAUUAGCUCUUCAUAGGGAGCUUUUAAAUUGCUGCUUUGUUAUAUGAUUAAAAUUAUUUGUUUAUUCAAUGAUGUUGGCAUUUUUUGUUGUUGUUAGAUAAACUUGCAGGGAUCAAGCUCUCUGAGUUUGAAGAGGUUACUCAGUCAGUGGAGAGCCAGGUAGGUAAUGUGUGAAAAAACAAACAUAAUAAAAACAAAAAUUGGCAAUUCUGAAAUUUGGCAAUAAUAAAGUACUAGGUAUAUUCCAAGGGUUUCCAUCCCACCCAGUUCUAAUUAGAGGGCCACUCCUUCCCCACUUCCAAUAUCUUAACUUAUUCAGACAGGACUUGCAUAUUUUGGCGUAGCUUAUAUAUAUGAGCAGGCCCUCAUUAUUUGUGCUGCAGGUCAUGUGUUUCUCCACUUGCGGGAAAAUUUGAGAGAGGUCAGGUAGAUUUUUGCCAGGGGUCUGCCAAUAAUGUGCUAGACCCAAUGUCUUGCGUUUUUCAGGGCCUGAUACUUUCCCCUUAGGCAAAAAAAACACUUGUGCUGAAACUGUGAAUAAGGUGCAAUUGCAAGCUAACUUUGGUAUUCCAUACAAAUGCUGUGUAUUCUGCAUCUAACCAAAAAGCUAGUCUGAUGGGAUAAUGUAAUCUACCUUUAGGCAGACUGUGAAUGUGUUGCACAUAAAUAUUGAGCAGUCACUUGAUCUGUGUACUACUAAACUUCCAACAUAACUGAUUUUCAUCCUGUAGAAAGCCAAACUGUCUAUUUUGUUGGAGCAUGUGAACAAACUGCUAGGAGUCCCCCAGCAUAGAGCAAAAUGGUCAGCAAAUGGUAAGUUUGUAAAAAUUAUGAAAAGUAUCUGUUUGGCACUUCUUUCAGGUAGAGAGAUUUAAUGAAAAGAAAGAAAAAAAUAUCCAUUAGGGUUAUUGUUUGAUUGAGGACCAACUUCUCAUCCCCAAAAUUAUUAGAAAUGUGUUGAAAACAGUGUGGAGAAUUUGUGUUUAGAUCAUAGGAAUGAAAGGGUCACAACUUGUACCAUAACCACUAAGAUGGUUCAGGAUGCAGAAGUUUAACAGGGAUUGCUAGAGAUUAGCCCUUUAACUCCCAUUACUGACCAAGACGGAAUUUCUUCUUUCAAUAUCAAUACAAUAUCAAGCAGUCAAGUGAUGAGAUUGAAGAAAAACAUACUAGCUGUUCCAAUACUAACUUCUCAGAAUUAACUUAAUAAGAAUUGUGUUGCGCACAGAAAGGAGAACUAUUAAUGAGUUCUUAGGAGCGAAACUGAGGGUUGACUUGAAAAGUCUAGUUUCAAAUUUUUAAUAUGCUCAAACCAAUGCCUCAAAUCAUCCAAAAAUGUUCCUAGUAUGUCCUUUUUUUCCUUUUUUUUCCACAGCUAUUCAUGGUAAGGAUAUUGUGGCUAUACUUCAUCUGUUGGUUGCCUUGGCUCACCACUUCCAGUGUCCUCGCAAACUUCCUGGAGGUGUCCGAAUAAAUAUGGUGGUGGUACAGAAAAAGGGAGGAAUCCUGCUGCCGAACAGAAUUGUGGAGGAAAUUACAGCACCUAAUGAAGGCGAAGAGUAAGUUGUGAUGGGGGGUAAUCUUAUUGAUUUGUUUCAAGGGUGGGACAUACAAAAACUUAGAAAUCCUCAGUGGGAUUUGAAAGUUGGGCCUUCAAGUUGUGUGGUCCCCUGUUCUUCCACUUAGCUCCAGAGAACUCGUUAUCUAAUAUAGCAUCUAAUUUCUCUUUACACGAUCACCCCUGAAUCAAACAUUGAGGUCACGAGAAUGAAGGAUAUGAUCAUCACCUAAAGAUGCUCUUGAUUGGUUAACAAAUUCUCCUUGUCAGCACCUUAGGAAUUGUUUGGAGAAUAGUUUGGAGAAUAUACUUACUGAUAUUAGGGUGUAAAGGGUUAACUAUUGCAAGCGCCCCGUUUACGGCUGGGAUCAGAGAUGUCCAGUAUGAGUAAAUUUCAUCUUCAGUUUUCGCUUAGAGGGAAAUGUUAAUUUUGGCUUCACAGCGUGACAGACUACUCAAAUAUUGAACCACGGACGGUGCGGCUGAGUGCUAGCGUAUAGAAUAUCAGAAAGUAACACAUUUACAUCCCAUGUUUAGUAAAAAAAUCAUCAAACUGACAAUUAUCGCAAUUCCAGCUCAUUCAAAUCAAACAAAUCGAGAGCUGAGCAACCACUGGCAAACAUUAUGGUAUGAGGGGCGGCCAGAGAAAACGUGUCGGAAAAAAACCCUGUAGGGGAAGAACAGACGGGAAAUCUGGGUAGGAACUGGGCCCAAGCUCAUAAAGCCAUCUUACUAGGUUAUAUACAUGAAAAAAACUACGAAAUGCGAGAAAUUGGUGUCGGCCUAGAAUGAUUACCCGCGUGCAAACGCAGGAUUAUCAUUCUAGGUACCUUCACGAAAGGGCCUGGGCCAACGCCCUGUUGCUCUCGUGCCGCAGAUAUAUUAAUUUUUUUAUUUAAAAUUUAUAUUUUCCGGCUAAUUCGUCAACACUUGAACGCCAGAAAUUCCAUUUCAUUUGUUACAAUCAUGGCAAAAAAAAUCUAAAAAGAGAAACAGCUACCUGUAGAUCUUUGGAUGUCGUGGUCUGGUUUUCUGGUAAGCUACACAGAACUGGAUGUUUCGUUAACCCUUUAACUCUCAUGAGUGACCAAGACAGAAUUUCUCCUUACAAUAUCAAUACAAUAUCAAUAUCAAUAUCAAUAUCAAGCAGAGAAGUGACGAGAAAGAAAAAUAUCAGUUAUAUUCUCCAAACUAACAUCACAAGAACGAUAUGGCAGACAGUAAGGAGAAUUACUAAUGAGAUCUUGGGAGAUAAAGGGUUAAGCCAUACGCCUUAUAUUGGUUAGUCAUGUGUGACAAGCGUGCUCUAUGUUACUAGGAUCGAAAAGUUGAAAGCGUCGUCAAUGGGUUAAGAGGGUUGGAGAAUUUUAGCUCAGUUGAGCGGAGGAAGAUGAAUAAUUUGUGUUUGCAAGGUGGAGUCUAAUAACUCCAUCCGAGUAACUUGUGCGUAGUACGGCCAGGGGAAACCUGUUCCAGGCACGAUAGUGAACGGCGCCAGCAGAGGAGUUAAGAAACGAGUGUUAGCUUAACUCAAACUGCCUUCACUUUUUAACUCCGCCGCUUCUAACUCGCCGUUUACUAUUUCGCCCUGUUGUCGUUAUUGAACGUCUGGAACAUGCUAGGUGAUGGGUCGAAACGUAUACUAACUAUAACACCAGGGGUGCGGAGAAUGUGCUACUCCCUCACUGAAACCUGAAUUCCUGUUAAUAUUCCUUUUAAAAUGUUUCUUUUUCUUCUUCCUUUCCUUUCUUCAGUGUACAGAACGGUAAACCAGGUAAGGAAAAUUUUCUCUGUAGAUAAUUUUUACAGCAGUUUUUUUUGCGUUAAUUUUUUUCUCAUGUUCUGCGCCAAGCAAGUUCAUUACACUUACAGUGCGAUUUAUACGUUAAGGUUCAUUUUAUGGCUUGAGUAGACAUGCUACUCUGGUAAACAGCAUAACAAAGCCUUUAAAUUUCCCUGACCUACAAUUGGUCUUUGUUGCUGGGGGUUUUCUGUGCGUUUCGAAGCGUCCAGCGGAGGUGGAGUGAGUAGUUUGGAACGGAAAGUAGUAGGUAGUUUUUCCACCCGAACCUUCGCUGCUUGUUUUCGCUGCUCAACCGCCCUUAUUUUCAUCGAGCGCCCAAAAGAGAGUGGUGUAAUGUAUUAGUACUUGUAUUCUGCGCUGAAGAGUAUUUUUUUUUUUGGAGCCACCUCACGAGCAAUAAAGUACACCUCUCGCACGCACGCACGCUCGCUCGCUCCAAUCUCUCGAGCUAAAAUAUGGCACAGAAAAGGACGUGCAAUUACAGGAGAUAUUUCACCUUAACUCUAGCCGUUUUACUUUUUCUGUACAGCUUUUGUUUGUUGUCAUGAACUAACUUUCUCUUAACUUUUAUAUUUGUUUAUGCGUAAUUCACUUCGCCUUCCUUGUUUUGCUCUCUGUUAUAAAUAUAGAAAGAGAUGCCUUCGACGCGCUUUUUGACAAUGCCCCUGAAAAGCUGAAUGUUGUGAAAAAGGUACUGUACUUGAUAUUACUGUAUGCAGUUCAAUCUAAGUAAGAGAUUCAAAUGAGCAUAUCAGUUUCCACAUUACUAAAGCAAGAAGAGUGCAUCAGAGAAUUAUCAGAGAAUUAUAUUCAAGACAUCAUGUACAGAAAUCAGAAUAUUGGGCGGCUAUUUCCCGGUUCCUUUUAGGCGACGGUAUUCCUGAAAGAGACUUAAGUCGGUGAUAUUGACAAACGCUGCGACAUCUUGAAUGGAAGUCAUCAUCUGAGAUUUGAUUGCUGUUUAGGUCAUCGAAAUCUCGGUCACUGGCAUUGAUCACAGUCAACUUUUCCUGGGCGAUCACAUCACUCGGUUGACUAGUACUCACGGGUUUAAAUCAUUCACUGAGCAGACAAUGGAAAUUCAGUGCGCGAGAAUAACUGAGUUAAAAAUUUAAUACUCAAUGCUUCUGAGGUUUUCAAGCCGAAGAGGUUAAUAUAGGUGCUCAGGUAACAGGAAUAUGAAUUUUUGUGCGCGGGGACGCGGUGGCCUUAUCAUUGGUAAGCUGGACUCAGGGUCGCGCGAUUCGUGAUCGUGGCCUGGUUGCGUUUUUGGGUGGAACACCUUACUUUCACAGUGCCCCUCUCCACCCAGGAGUCUUAUAAGUACCGGCGAAUUUUCAGGGAAGCCUGAUAAAAUGCUGGAGGGUAACCUUGCAACGAACUGGCAUCCCAUCUAAGGAAGGGUAGUGAUACUCUUAGUCGCUGUAUGCUGUGGAAGCCGCGAUAAGCUCCGGAUGGGUGGGUCACUUAGUUCGAUUACAGACUUAAGCUCACUGUUACACGCCAAUUUUGGUCAAAAUUAAACUAACGUUUUUUUCCAUUUUGUUUUGCUUUUUUUUUUUUGCAGUCAUUGCAAGUCUUUGUCAACAAGCACCUGGCCAAGUUGAGUCUAGAAGUUGUUGAUAUUGAUUCUCAGGUACUUAAACACUUUUGUUGAUCGUAGGGCACAUAACUCAAGCUUGAGUUUUUAAGCGAUUGUUAAGAGAAAAAAAAAGAAUUAGCAUUUUCAGGAACUUAGAGGUUUUCAGUGAAAAGCCAGUUACCGCCGUUUUACCACCGCAUGUUUUGGCUCAUCGCCGUCUGUUUAGCCUACGAGCAAGCUGUCGUGUUUGGAUUUCGCCUUUUGGGCCGUUUUCUAGGCACAGCCGCCUAUUACGUCAUCGGCAGCCGCUUAGGGAAGAAGUUCUGAAAACUUCCUGGGGGACCUUCUUUCUCCGUGAGCAUGAAGUUGCGUGGUUCAGAGAAACGAUUGCGUGACUACUGUUGCAGCCUUUACAAAUGAUAAAAUGAACGUCUUGAUAAUUGAUGAAGUACGGGUGCGCGUAUAAAGUAAAGCGAUUGCGUAACUAAUGUUGCAGCCUUUACAAAUGACAAAAUGAACGUCUUGAUAAAUGAUGAGGUACGGGUACCCGUGCAACAUAAAAAUGUAGUUUCACCCCGAAACGACUAAAGUUGCAUUUGUUGUGUUUGCAGUUUCACGAUGGUGUCUACCUCAUCUUCUUGUUGGGACUUCUGGAGGGCUUCUUCGUUCCACUCUAUCAGUUUUACAUUACUCCUGCAACCAAAGAUCAGAAGGUACAGAGCUAACAUCGAAGACGAAAAAAUUGUACAAUUAACCCUUUAGUUCUCAGAAGUGACUUACUUGUAACUUCCUCCUUAAGUAUCUGUACAUUUUUCAGCAAAAAGGAUAUGAGAAUACUCAAACUCAUCAGGUAGAACUAGUUGCCUUGAUCUUACAACAAAUUCUCAAAACUAAUUCACAAGGAAAUGUGUAGCAGCUGAAGGGGAGAAUUGACAAUCAGAUCUUGGGAGUUAAAGGUUAACAAACAGAUUCCAUGUUGCCUUGCAUCUGUUCACUAGUAGAACUCAGAUGAUGUUAAAAUUUGGCAGUUGCACACGAUGUUACUGACAUUCUCACCACAUUUUAACGUAAUCUGUGAUCUAUUAUUGUACAGACGCACGGUAACGGGGAUUAUAUUUGUUUCAUAUGAUAAAGAAGCAAAACAUGGGGGGGAGGGGGGAGGGGAGGAUGAUGUCAUUUAUGCGUCUGUGAGAACCAAUCAAAAUUCGCGUAGAAUUCACCUUAUUCAGUUGGUGAUCAUUUCCUUUAUUCUCAUGACCUAAAUGUUUGACUCAAGAGUGAUAUUGUAAGGAGAUAUUAGAUGCUUGUCACACUUAGAAGUUAAAGGGUUUAUUCCGUUUUAAGUCAUACGUGUUUCCUGUCACAAGUUCUGUGGGGACCGCUUUACAUUUAUUUAUCAUGCUGUUUUAGGCACAAGAGACACCGUUUCUGGUCUAAGCAGUUCUUCGCUCUUCCUAGUAAUUUCACUUUAAUUGGUGGGGUUCUUACAGUGAUCUUGCCCCUUUACGCCAUAACAUCAGUAUGCAUAUUCUUCAUUUUGUUCUCUACACGUUUCCAAAGGUUCCAACAAGGGGAAUCGUGAAUUUUUUUUAGUUGGUAAUAAUUUCCUUCAAUCUUGUGACCUUAAUGUGUGAUUUAGGGGUGACAAUGUGGGGAAAAAUUAGAACCUGUCACUCCGGGGGUUUAGGGGUUAAGUGAUCCUGGCACUGAAAUACGAGGGGUAUCAAAUACCGCAGAGUGUCAAAGCUGACUAAAGUGGCCAAUUUACGUGAUCAACUCAGUGGAUUAUACUUUUAUACCACAGGCGGCCCAAGCUCCAGUUGUGGAAAUAAAUAAGAGUCAUGGCAAAAUUAUAUGUAUGGGUUUGUAUGGGGAUAUUUACGACCGCUCCUAGGAAUAAAAAUACAGUCAAAUUCUCAAUAAAAAUACCUCGCCUUCCACAAAGCAUCGGUUGUUAUCUGACCGCUGACUAUAUUGAAAAGAACCCAUUUUGGCGAGUUAUCCAUCUCUAGGUUUACUACUCAUAAGAGAAGGAGAAGUAAUAAACCCAGAAAUGGAUAAGUAAGUAAUACUUUUAAUGGAGGCAAGGUGAGGUAUUUUUAAAACUCUUAAAACUCUUAAAAUUUCGUCAUGGCUCUUAUUUCGCAAGAUGAUCAUCUCACAGCUGGAGCUUCGGCCGACUGUGGUGAUAGUCUACCAACGACGCAGCACCUCAGUUUCUUUAGAAACUUAUCCCCUUUAUUGAAAUACAUAGAUUCCAUUGUUGUGUUUCUAUCCACAGCUCCAUAAUGUAACCUUAGCUAUUGAUCUGAUGAGAGACAGUGGAUUGAAGUUCUAUGCCAAGCCUGAAGGUAUGGACAAAUUGUUAAACACUCUGCAGGAGUCCAUUACCGAAGACAAUAAUACUUGUGGUGCUUACCUUCCCCACCCCCUCCCCCUCUGACCCUGAAUUUUUCCAUAGUCUCACUUUGCGUGACGCUUUGCCUUGCAGAUGUCGUUCAUAAGGAUCUCAAGUCCACAUUAAGAAUCCUUUACUGCUUGUUCCAAAAGUACAAGAGCCUCAAGUAGUUCAGACUUCAAUCUGCCAUGGCUUGCAUUUUAGAACAAAAUAGCAAAGAGGAAGUAGACUCCAACCUUAUUGUAUUAGUUAAUAUUUAUCACUUGUCUGAGUUGGUUAGAUUUAAUAACUACUCUGCUUAUUACCUUGACAGAAUUCGACAGAAUUCGUCCGAAAUCUCCCUUUCGUUUGGAAGAAGACGGACAAUCAGUUAUUGGUGAAAAACAUACACAACAAAACAAAAAAGCAAACAACCAUUUGAACAGGAAAACAUGUAAAAGACAACAAAGCUAUGUAAAGGCAAAAUGAUAAUUUUCUACUCAAAUGUUCCAUUUUUCACUAACAACUCAACAUGUGCACACAAAUGGACCUAUUGACACGUGUAGAGAUAAAUUAUUUGUUGGAAGCCAUUUCCCACGCCGCACGUCUCCGUAGUGCGGCCAGAACGUUUUUUAAUUCACAAUCGUGUGAACACACCCAAGCAUGAUAUGAAAUACCGCCGGAAAUUGAAUAUUGAUAGUGGCGCUAGUUCACCAACAACUGUCACGCCAUCCUGUAACCUUUCUUUACAAUGAUGUGGCGUGACAAACACUUACGACAAUAAUUAAGUGGUGGACAUAUUUCUAAAAUGCGCGGCUUCUUGUAAACAGCCACUUUGUUAAAAAUAUUUUGUGGAUUUAUUUUUAUACAAUAUUUUUUAAUAAAAAUAACUUUGUGUUCGAUUAAAUUUCCAUGGGGUUUUCGAUUACAGCAAUCGAGGAAUAACCAAAUGAGGGAAAAAUUCAGAAAG